AUGCGUUCUGAUUUGCCAAAUCAAAACCGCUCUUCUGACUCUCUUCUUCUCCUCUCCUUCUCCUCCGGCUUUGCCGGAGGAUUUUUCUCCCUCUUUCUGAUGGAAGGCUCUCUUCCAUCAUCUGCGUUCCCUCCGCUUGGCUCGAAGAAUGGUCGAGAGGCUUUUUCCUCUCCGCGUGACUGGUCUCAGGUUUUUGCUCCUGCAAAAGACAUGCCAAAAGUCCUAAAUUUGUCCCACUUCCUGGAGGAGCCUGAUGUUAUCCCUUUCACGGGGGAGAAACUGCUUCAGGGGGGUGAAGAUUGGAAGUUAUGUCUGGUGGGUUAUUCGAUAGGGAGGCGACCUUUUUAUGAAGCAGUACUUGGCACCAUUAAGAAGACCUGGAGCUUGAUAGGCUCUGUUCAACUACUUUCCUUAAGCGAAGGUUUUUUUCUUCUGCGUUUCUCUUGUAAUGAAGAUCUUGAAAUGGUGUGGUCUAGAGGUGUUUGGUUUCUGCUGGGGAAACCAUUUGUGUUGCAAAAAUGGCAUCCUAAGUUUAAGCCUAAGAAGGAAGACUUCAAGAAUGUUCCCAUUUGGGUCAAAAUCCAUGACUUACCACUUGCAUGUUGGAAUUCCGAAGGAAUCUCGCGGAUAGCUAGUAAGAUCAGGGUUCCUAUUGCGGCGGACAGCCUGACGAAACAGAAAACUCGCCUCACUUUCGCUCGCGUCUGUGUAUUAGUGGACUGUAACGCUACCUACCCGGAAGAAAUCAAGGUUUCCUUAGAUGGGGACGUUGUCUGCUUGAAGGUGCAUUAUGAAUGGCGCCCUUUCCCUUGUUCUCACUGUAAUUCUCUGAUGCAUUUUUCUUCAUCUUGUCCGUCUAAGCCAGAAGAGGUUACAAACGUUGAAAAUGCUAAUGCUAGACAGAAUCGGGGUAGAAGUAUGAGUGGAAAGCCCAAUUCUCGUCAUCCAUCCAAAAAACCCAACUUUGCGAGACCUCCUGCUUCUCAGGAAUCUCCCUCUCGCGCUUUGAAUGUUGACUCUGGUGGCUCUUUUAUUGAUCAGGGAGUUUCUAACAUGCUUGGACAACCUCUAAUCUAUCAACCUCACUCACCGCCCCCUUUCAAAAUGGGUUCCCCUCCUAAAGAUCCUCCUUUGGUUCCUCCAUCUAUCGUAUCACAGUCUGAUAAAGCUGAUGACGGGUUAGGUAUUCCUAACCUGAACUUCCCUAAUGAAGCUGCAUCCUCUUCCACAGGCAUUCCUCAACCCAAAUCCAAACUGAAUUCUAAAAUUGUAAAAGAUCCUUCAGCAAGGGGUCUUGCUCAAAAAGAACUUAUUUCGCCUAAUAAAUUUGAUGCUUUAAAUAUUGAAGACGAUGCCCUGUCGCAUUCUAAUGUGAAUGCCGAGUCUGUGGGAAUCUCUGAUGCUGAUAAGGAAGUAGGUGGUGGUGAAUCUCUUUUUAUAGAGGUAUGCAAGGCAAAAAAUUCUCAGCCAAGUGCUGCUUCCAAAAAAACUGCUAAGGGAAAGCAGCGACUUGUGGAAUCUUUCAAACUUGAUUUGGUUUGUGUUCUGGAGAAUAGGAUCCAGAAGAAGUCUUUAAAUGAUCAUUUUUUUGUGACUGCUCAUUCCCUCUUUUUGAAUGAAUCUUGCUGUCAUAAUUUUGAUUUUUCCCUAUCUGGGAGAAUUUGGGUCAAGUGGGACCCCCUCAAAUUAUCUUUUACUCCUAAUUUUAUCACCUCUCAAAUGAUUAAUGGCAUUGUUUCAGGAAGUUCCUUUACUUCCUUUAAACUCACAGCUGUGUAUGCUUCUAAUAAUAGUCAGGAUCGUAAAUCUCUGUGGGAAGGCAUUUGUUCGGUGGCUCCUGACAGCCACACUCCUUGGGUGAUCAUUGGGGAUUUCAACUGUUGUAGGUAUGCUUCUGAGAAGAUUGGAGGGACGGACAUUAAUCAAGCUGCCUUGCUUGACUUCAAUAACAUGAAUUUUAACAAUUGUCUCUUGGAUCUGCAAUCUAUUGGGUGCAAAUUCACGUGGUUCAAUCAACGCCAGGACUACCCUAUUCAUAUAAAACUUGAUAGGGUAUUGGUGAAUGAGUCCUGGUUGAAUGUGUAUCCUGACUCUUACUGUUCGUAUCAAAGUCCUUCCUGCUCAGAUCACUCUCCGAUUCUCCUUCUCUCUGGUAAUCACUCUCCGGUUAAGCAUAGAUUCCUUUUUAAAAACUAUUGGACUAAGUUAGAUGAUUAUUGGUCUCUUCUCAUUGAGACUCUCUACUUGCCUUCUACUGACAUUAAAACAAAAUCCUGGGCUUCUUCCUCUUAUGUUAGUAGGCACAUUGAACUCCUUCACAAUAACCAACAGGAUUUGUUGGCCUCCCUCCACUCGGACCCCUUCAACUUUUCCUUGAAUCAGUCUUACAAGGAGAAUAAUACUAAGCUGGCUGAGUUCAUGUCUUUGCAUACUUCUUGGAUCAUCCAAAGGGCUAAGGUCAACUGGUUAAAGUAUGGUGAAGAUGACCUUAAAUUCCUCUAUGCUAAAAUAAGAUUAAGGAUGGAAAGCAAGAAAUCUGUGGUCAAUCUGCUUUUCUCUAAUCUUCAAUCUUCUAGAGCUUAA